CCGCGCUCGAGUCAUCCUCGGCUAGGUCGGGCUCAAAGCUACCUCCACGCCAGCGCCGGCUCUCGCGCGCUUCCUUCUCUCCUCCCCAUCACUCCGCCAUGCCGAUCGACGCCGAUGGCAAUGCAUACACUCCAUACUGGCCCGUGGUGACCAUCACACCUCCCUCUGGCCGCUUCAUCAUCCGCUCGGGCGGUCUGAGCCGUCUCGAGGUCGAGAGCUUUCGCGCCGUCAUCAAAGACCAGUCGACGGCCAAGUACCUGCCGCCACGCACGCUCAACAGCGACGAGGAGAUCGAGAAGAUGCAGCGGGACCAGGUCAUUGCGCCGUGGGACCAUCGGCGGACAUUUGACAUCUGGCAGGGCGACGACAUGCCUGGCCGGCUAGCCAUCAACUACCUCCAGCUCUCGCCGGAUCACGAGCAUCUGCCCGGGCCGGAGCGACCGAUUCUACUGGCUCAGAUGGGCGUCGCGAUGGACUCGCGCUUCUCCGGGCGCGGCAUCGCGAAGGAGGCCUUCCUCGCGGUCCUUGACUUUGGCUUCGAGUCGAUGGGCGUGCCCUUGUUCCAAUUCGGUACAGAGGAGCGCAACCUGGCGAUGCGCGGGAUCCUCGAGCGCCCGCCCCUCAGCCUCAAGCCCAUGACCGAGCACAAUCUCGACGCCGAGCAGGCCAAAGUCGUCGCAGAAUGGGGCAAGCACUCGCUCGUCAUGGUGUGCUACCAGAUCACGCGAGAGGAGUGGCAGCAGCGUCUGCGCGGGGCGUGGCAGGCUCACUUCAAGGCGAGACACUCCAAGGCAGGCCCCACGUCAGCGUAGAAUGGACUCAAGAUCGUAUGACCAUGUAAUAGUACAGAUGUGUGGAGAUACGCGAGCUAGCCGCUAGC